GCGGAGCGCCCCCGCCCCCCGCCGCCGACCCCUUCGCGCCGGGGGGCCCGGUCCCGCCAUGUUCUCCAGGAAGAAGCGAGAGCUCAUGAAAACCCCCUCCAUCUCCAAAAAGAACCGGGCGGGAAGCCCCAGCCCGCAGCCGUCGGGGGAGCUGACCCGGAAGGAGGGAGCCGAUGCCUCGGGCCCUGGACCCAUCCAGGAGCCGCCGGCCGCAGCUGCCAGCGCCAAGGCCAUGGGCACGCUGAAGCGGCCCACCAGCCUGAGCCGCCAUGCCAGCGCGGCCGGCUUCCCGCUGCCCGGGGCCACCUCCUGGACCCUGGGCCGGAGCCACCGCAGCCCCCUGGGUGCUGCCAGCCCUGGGGAGCCGCCCCCGGAGGGGCCUGGCCCCGAGGCCAGCGAGGACAUCUCCCUGCUGCUGGCCGAGGUGGCCCGCUUCGCCGAGGGCCUGGAGCAGCUCAAGGACUGUGUCCUGCGUGACGACCUGCUGGAGGCCCGCCGGCCGCUGGCCCACGAGUGCCUGGGCGAGGCCCUGCGAGUGAUGCGCCAGGUCAUCUCCAAGUACCCCCUGCUGAACACGGUGGAGACGCUCACAGCCGCCGGCACCCUCAUCGCCAGGGUCAAAGCCUUCCACUACGAGAGCAACCAAGAGUCAGACAAGCAGGAGUUCGAGAAGGCGCUGGAGACCCUGGCCGUGUCUUUCAGCAGCACUGUGUCCGAGUUCCUCAUGGGCGAAGUGGACAGCAGCACCCUCCUGGCAGUGCCCCCCGGGGACCCCAGCCAGUCCAUGGAGAACCUCUACAGCCAGGGGGGCGAGGGGGCCCCGGCCGGCUCUGAGGACUGCGAGGAGGGCGGCCUGGCCCCCGAGGAGGUGGACCUGUUGCUGCAGCGCUGCGAAGGUGGCGUGGACGCGGCCCUGCAGUAUGCCAAGCACAUGGCCAAGUACAUGAAGGACCUCAUCGGCUACCUAGAGAAGCGCACGGUGCUGGAGAUGGAGUUCGGCAAAGGCCUGCAGAAGAUCGCACAGAGCUGCAAACAGACUGUGGUGCAGGAGCCCCACAUGCCUCUCCUGUCCAUCUACUCGCUGGCGCUGGAGCAAGACCUGGAGUUCGGCCACGGCCUGGUGCAGGCGGCGGGCACCCUGCAGGCACAGACGUUCAUGCAGCCCCUAAGCCUGCGGCGGCUGGAACACGAGAAACGCAGGAAGGAGAUCAAGGAGAGCUGGCACCGCGCGCAGAGGAAGCUGCAAGAGGCGGAGUCCAACCUGCGCAAGGCCAAGCAGAGCUACGUCCAGCGCUGCGAGGACCACGACAAGGCCCGCCUCCUGGUGGCCAAGGCCGAGGAGGACCAGGCGCCCGCCGGGGUGGGCGGCACGGCCUCCAAGGCCCUGGACAAGCGGCGGCGGCUGGAGGAGGAGGCCAAGAACAAGGCGGAGGAAGCCAUGGCCACGUACCGCACGUGCGUGGCAGAUGCGAAGACGCAGAAGCAGGAGUUGGAGGACACGAAGGUGACGGCUCUGCGCCAGCUGCAGGAGCUCAUCCGGCAGAGCGACCAGACCAUCAAGUCGGCCACCAUCUCCUACUACCAGACCAUGCACAUGCAGACGGCGCCGCUGCCCGUGCACUUCCAGAUGCUGUGCGAGAGCAGCAAGCUGUACGACCCCGGCCAGCAGUACGCCUCGCACGUGCGCCGGCUGCAGCGCGGCGAGGAGCCCGACGUGCGCUACGACUUCGAGCCGCACGUCCCGGCGCACGCCUGGUCUCCAGUCACACCCGCCGGGAAGGGCAGCUUCAGCACGGGGGAUGCGGCGGGGGCCGCGGGCAGCCCCCCCGAGGAAGCUGGGCCCAGUGAGGGGUCACGCGCCAAGGAGCACAGAGGUGUGAGGGGCCACCAGGUGCACAAGUCCUGGCCCACCUCGGUCGCGGAGAGCAUUCUGGACUGCGGCCCUGGCUCAGGGGACCCGGAGCUGUCGCGGACGUCGUCCUCGGGGACCAUGUCCUCCAGCGAGGAGCUGGUGGACCAGGAGGCGGCCUUCGAGCAGGCUGACCUCAACGGCAUGGCCCCCGAGCUGCCGGUGGCCGUGGCCAGCGGGCCCUUCCGCAACAUGGGGCUGUCCAAGGCGGCCCGCACGCACCGGCUGCGCAAGCUCCGCUCGCCCGCCAAGUGUCGCGAGUGCAACAGCUACGUGUACUUCCAGGGCGCCGAGUGCGAGGAGUGCUGCCUGGCCUGCCACAAGAAGUGCCUGGAGACCCUGGCCAUCCAAUGUGGCCACAAGAAGCUCCAGGGCCGCCUGCAGCUCUUCGGCCAGGACUUCGGGCCGGCGGCGCGCGGCGCCCCGGACGGCGUGCCCUUCGUCCUCACCAAGUGCAUCUGCGAGAUCGAGCGGCGCGCGCUGCACACCAAGGGCAUCUACCGGGUCAACGGGGUGAAGACGCGGGUGGAGAAGCUGUGCCAGGCCUUCGAGAACGGCAAGGAGCUGGUGGAGCUGUCGCAGGCGUCGCCUCACGACAUCAGCAACGUCCUCAAACUCUACCUGCGCCAGCUGCCCGAGCCCCUCAUCUCCUUCCGCCUGUACCACGAGCUCGUGGGGCUGGCCAAAGAGAGCGCCAAGGCAGACGCGGAGGCCAAGGCGGCCGCCCGAGGCCGGCAGGACGGGGCCGAGAGCCAGGCGGCGGCCGUGGCCAUGGCAGGCCGGCUGCGGGAGCUCCUGCGGGAUCUGCCGCCCGAGAACCGGGCCUCGCUGCAGUACCUGCUGCGGCACCUGCGGAGGGUGGUGAUGGUGGAGCAGGACAACAAGAUGACGCCGGGGAACCUGGCCAUCGUGUUUGGGCCGACGCUGCUUCGGCCAAGGCCCACGGCGGCCACCGUGUCGCUCUCCUCCCUGGUGGACUACCCCCAUCAGGCCCGCGUGGUCGAGACCCUCAUCGUCCACUACAGCCUGGUCUUUGAGGAGGAGGCCGAGGGGGCGCCAGGGGGUCAGCAGGACCUCACGCCCAGCCAGCCAGCCCCGUACCCGGAGGCAGGGGAGGCGGCCGAGGACGGGGACGUGGAAUCCCGACCUGCAUCCAACGACUCCGACUCGGAGCUGGAGGAGGCCUCCGACCCCCUGUCCUCGUCGGACGCCAGUGCCCUGCACGGCCUCGGCCUCCCCGACGGGCAGGACCGGGGCCCCCUCAGCGGCAGUGAGGAGCAGCUGGGGGCCGGGGAGGAUGGGGACGGCCCGGGUGGGCGGCUCUCAGCGCACAACAGCAACCAGUCCAACAACGCGGCGGGGCCCCAGCUGUGCCUCGCCAUGGACGCCACCUGGGAGAGGCAGCCGGAGCUGGUCUGAGCCAGGCCGGGGCACGCUGGCCUCUGCCGCUCCUGUGCUGCCUGGGCCGCUGGCCCCUUGCACACCGACUCGCUUACAGUAAAGUGUCGCCAUGUCCUCUGUGGGGGCCCUGCGGACGGAACCUGGACAGAGGGUCUCCCAGGAGUCGGGCGGCCCCAUCUCCACAGAGCCAAGGCCCCUUAUGAGACCCCGGGCCCCACGUCUCGUUUCUCAGAGGCCACACGCUCAGGGUCCCCAUGGACAGAGCUCCCCAAGGAGCGGCUGGUGCCCGCCAGUCACCAGCGCCAACUCAGGGCAGUGGCCAGCGCUUCCUCCCCGGGGCGGGGCCGAUGGGGCACGGGUGCAGGCGUGGGAGGGCAGCCCCCGGGCUCAGGCACAGGAGCCCGGGACCCCCAGCCUCGGCUGUGAAUUUCACUCACAAUAAAGU